CCCCGGGCCCGGGCCGAGGCGAGGGGAGGGGAGCGCCUCUGGCCGGGUAGUGCGCCGUCGAACAGCCGCCCGAGGAGUACACACCCGAGCGCGCUUCUCUCCACCGCGCGCGGACACAACCUGCAAGCCUGAAGAAGUAUAGUGGAGAGCGAUGCAGGCCCGCUCCCUGUAGGCCCUGCGCGAGGACCUGAGCACCAUGUCUAGCGACAGGCCGCCGACCGCCUCCGGCGCCAGACAGAUGCUGCACUUCCUCAGGGACACUCUGGGUGAGGAGGCGCGAGGCGCGACAGAGGUUGGAUUUCGGAGAUCGACAAGCCGCACCUCCAAUCGCCGGACGUCGCUCUCCUCGGACGCGUUCGAGGAUGCUGCCCAGGAGCUGAUGGAGGCCACUGCCGUGCCCCCCGCGCCCCCCGUGCCGCCCGCGGGGGCCCUGGCCGCGCCCGCGGCGCCAGAGCGCUCCGACCACCACGGUCCCAGCUGCCCGCGGUGCCCGCUGCUGCACGAUGGCCUCGGCCUCGGUGACCAGGACGGCCUGGAGAUGCUCGACUUUGAGUCCGCCGGCCCCGCGAGCCACCAGGAUGCGCCGCCGCCGCCCGUGCCCCCGCGGCCCUCCAGCGCGGACAACCAGUGCGACCAGCAGUGCGGCCCGGGCCACGGCCACGGUCUCGGCGGCCAGGAGGUGCGCGUGGAGGUCGUCGUCGACCCCUUCGCCGUCAAACAUGUGAGACCCGAUGGGCCGGUGGAUGCAGCGGCGCACAUCCGCGGCCCCGUGGAGCGCGUCCUGUUCCAGGAGGCCGCCGAGCUGGCCGACGCGGAGGAUACCAACGUGGCCAACACCUCCACCUUCAGGGGGUCGCCGUCGCCGUCCGUCGCCCCCAGCCCCACCCCUGGCGCGGGGCCGGGCCAGGGCACUGCUCGUGGCCCGUACAUGGUGCGCUCGGACUCGUGGGAGUUCUCGAGCAAGCGCGUGUCGGGGGGCAGCCAGCUCAACGAAGCCUUCGAGGACUCGGAGGAGUCGGACUACGACGCCGUGGACUCGGAGGCAACCAACAGCCGCUGCGUGUCCCCACGCGGCGUCGCCGAGGCCGUGAACACCACGCUGGUGACGCACGAGGACGUCCUCCGAGGGGGCCGUCGAGCUCCACGCCGUCCCCGGUCGACGGCCAGCGAGGUGUCGUCGGCGACGCUGUCGCGAUGCCGUCAGUGGGCCAGUCAGGCCCGGCGCUCCCUCCGGGUCGGCCGUCCAGCCCGCCCGCACUCGCACUUCUUCGCCAACCCCAUGUCGGAGGACGCCGGCAACGAGGUGGACCCGACGCGCCUUGGGCCCCUUCCCGUUGACUCGUCCAGCUUCUUCCACCGCUCCAACUCGGACUCCACGACGCUGUGCUCGCCGCCCCGAACUCGAACUCGCACGGCGUCGCUCUCCAUCGCCGAGGUGCCCGCGUCGACGGCACCCGCCGCGUCCUCCGCGGCUGCUGCGGCGUACGACCGCUCGUCUCUCGUGGAGCCGCUGCGUCCGCGUCAGUGGUCCCUGGACUGGACGGCGCUGCGGGACCGGCCCCACUCCGUGGCCAUCGGCCGGUCCCUGGAGCAUGACGGCUGCUCGAGCUGCGGCACCGACGACAUCGACUGGAGCUGGGUGCUGGAGGAGGAGGCGCUCCAGCGGCAGCAACAAGAACAAGAGGAAGGAGAGUCAUCAGCAUCGGGGGCCGCUGGACUGGGCUCUGAGUCACCGUCAUGCAAGUCGGGCGGCCCGCGUGGUUCCAGCUCCAGCCCCCCGCCCAGCCCCGCGCCCUGCCCCGCGCCCUGCCCCGCGCCCAGCUCGCCGCCGCGCCCCCCGCCCCGCGGCCCGGACAGCGCCCCCUCCACGGCCGCCGCCGCGGACCGCGCGACGCCGCCACCCGCCAGUGUCGGUCCCGCCGCCAUGCAGGGAGCGCGCACGGCCGCGGCCCCGGUCGCGACGCCGGCCGCGGCGCCAGACGCGGGUGCCACCAACUGGAGCUACCAGUGCGACGAGGACGACGACGACGAGGACGGUAGCGCCGCGGACGCCGCCCAGCCGGCGCCCAACAGGAGGCCGAGCGGGCGGCGGACGUCGUCCUGGUUGCGUGCGAGCAUGAGGCGGGUGCGGCACUUCCGGCUGGGCGACCAGCAGCACGGCCAGCACGGCCUGCAGCGGCGCAGCGCUCCGCCGGACGUGGCGCUGCCGCACCUCCCCGCCAGCACCGCCGCCGUCCUGCUGAGCGACGCUGCGCGGGACGGUCCCGAGGGCGCCGUCGCCGACCACGACGCCGCCGACGCGCCGCGGGUCCCCGCCCCCGCCGCCGCGGACGCCACCCUCACCCCCGCCCGCCCCCGCUCCGCGCCCGUGGCCGGGGUGCGCCAGUGCGGCCGCGCCGCGUCCCGCCCCUGCUCCAGGACGGUGCUCAGCCCGGCGACCUCCAGGUCGUUGCACCUCUCCACCUCCAGCUCGUCGUCAAGCUCGUCCUCCUCCUCGUCAUCGGACGGCAGCAGCGCCCCGGCGCAGACGGCGGCGUCGCCCUCCAGAGGCGCGUCGUCGGGCCGGCGCACCAGCAGCUCCAGGUCAUGUGAGGUGAUGCCGGAGGGCGCCCGCGCCGCCAGUCCGCUGGGGCAAUGGCCGCACAACCUGAGCGCCACGCUGGCCUGCCUCGGCUGCACCGUGGGGCUCUUCAACAUCUCCAGGUUCGCCGUCCUCAGCGUGCAGUUCGGAGCCAACUUCAUAAUCCAGUUCCUGAUCCUGUCUGCCGUGUUCGGAAUCCCGUUGUACACGUUUCAAGUCUGCCUGGGCCAGUUCCUGGCGGCGGGCGCCGUCGACAUGUGGCGCAUCUCUCCAGUCUUCCAGGGGAUCGGCAUCGCGCUGCUCGUGGCGCAGGCACUGAUCGGCGUGUACAGCACGGUGGGUGUGUCCUGGAUAUUUAUCUACUUCAGGGACUCGUUCAUCACGAAGCAGGACCGCUACCGCUGGGCCGAGCCCUUCGACCUCUACAGAGAAGACCAACGACCCUACUUUAACGGCACCCCCAACCUGGAGCAGACGGUGCCGGACUACCUGAGUGGGGUGGUGCUGCAGCGGCACAACCUGGCGCAGCCCGAGAACUCAUUCGGACACAUCAAGUUCCAGGUCGCCUUCAACCUGGCCGUCGUGUGGAUGAUCGUGUUUGUCUCGCUAAGCAAAGGUCUCCGCUCGUACGGCAAGGUGGUGUACGUGUUCUCGGUGGUGCCCGUGUUCGGCAUGCUCGUGCUGUGCACCAAGAUGCUGGGGCUCAUGCCCAGGGACUCGAACCAUCAGGUGUUCCCGGAGACGGAGUGGACCGAGUUCUUCAUCAAUUCCAACUGCUGGGUGGCGGCCACCACCGAGGUGUUCAUGACCUGGGGGCUGCUCGGCACCGCCGCCAUGCAGAUCGCCUCGCACAACAAGCAGAAGAAGUUCCUGCAGCGCGACACGAGCCUCGUGAUCGUCUUCACCAUCUCCAUGCUGCUGCUGGCCGCCUUCCUCGCCAACAUGUGCGUGGCGCUGCUGCUGGCGCACGGCUACAACUACGUGCCGAGCUCCUUCGAGCGCAUGUCCACGUACCCGUUCCUGCAGUCCGGUCCGCUGGAGCGGCUGGACCGCUACCAGGUGCCGCUCACCUACCAGACCACGCCGGUGCGCUGGAUGCCGCACGCCUCCUACGUGAUGGGCGAGCGCGUGCAGAAGCCCGGCUCGCUCGCGGCGCAGGAGAGUGGCUACCAGGUGCUGCGCCUCGCCACCGAGCUCGUGCCCACCACGCUCGCGCUCCUGGGCGCCGACCAAGUGUCGCCCUUCUGGGCCGUGCUCUUCUACUUCGUGCUCAUCUUGUUCGGCAUCGCGCAGCAGCUCGCCAUCUGGCACUGCGUCAUCACGGGUAUCAUGGCCAUCAACGCGCAGAGCCUCAAGUGCUGGGAGACCACCAUCACCUUCUUCUCGUGCGCCUGCGGCUUCAUCCUGGGUCUACCAAUGACCACCGAGCUCGGCAUCUUCGUGGUGUACUUCCUGGACUUCUGCGUGGGCAGCGGCUGGUGGAUGAUGGUGCUGCAGCUGCUGCAGGUGGGCGCGGUGCUCAUGGCGCGCGGCCGGCCCUACAGCGGCGAGAGCAUCGCCAGCACGCUCUUCCACAAGACCACCUCCUGCCUCAUCACCUGGGCCGCGCCCAUGCUCACCUUCACCUGGAACGUCAUCCUCCCCGUCAUCCUCAUGGUGGUGUGCAUCACGGUGUUCAAGAAGGCGGGCUCGCGCGACCUGUACUCGUGGCACGUCUCGCUGGGCUACGACUACUGGCCGCUGUGGGCGCGCGAGGUGGGCGCCAUGCUGCAGCUGCUGCCGCUGCUCACCGUGCCCGUGGUGGCCGUCGUGCAGACCUGCCGGUACCUCUCCAGCGGCCCGCCCGACAUCUUCGACCGCAUCACCCUGCUGUACCGACCGCCGGUGGACGGCGACGACGACCUCAACGAUCUGACCUCGCAGACCGACCUGCAGUCCGGGGCGGGCGGGGCCGCGGCGGGCGGCGGCAACCAGGAGGGCGCCGUGGUGGAGGACCCACCGCCCAAGUACACGCCCCCGCCGUCCUACACCACGGCCACGGGCGCCAGGAUCGCCAAGAUGCUGCGGCAGAGCUUCAGGCGCAGCGUGCGGCGCAUCCAGCUGGCGGUGAGCGGCGUGGGCGCGGCGGGUGGCGCGGCGGAGGCGUGGGGGCCGCCCCCGGGGGCGCCGGGGCCGCCGCGGACCUCCAUCCAGAGCACCGCCGCCCAGGGUGCCACCGCCCUGGACCCAGCGCCGUCUCCCGCUCCGCCAGACUACGCCGCCGUCCUGGUGGAGAUCAGCCAGGCCUCGCUGCACGACGUGACAAUCGUCAUGGAGGAGGAAGCCCCCGGCGCGGUAGGCCCCCGGGCGGUGGCGGCCCCUCGGGCGGCCCGGCCGGAGGAGUUCGUGCGGCCACAGUCCAGCCCCGCCGGCCACCAGAGGCCCGACUCCCAGAUGACGGCCGCCGACGUCGCCAACGUGCUGCGGAGUAGCGUGCGCCGCCCGGCGUCUUCGGGGGUCGUCCAGGGCGCGGCCGCCAGCGCCGCCGCCGCCCGCAGCCAGAGCAUGUGCGUGGCCAGGACACGGCAGCGGCACCUGCUCGGCGCCGGCCCCCGACCCAGUGGCGCCAGCUUCAACGCUGGUGCCGGGGAGGGGUCCUGGCCUGGCUCCAAGCCUAAGCAGUCCAGUCCGGAAGCACACUCCUCCCGGGCCGGUCCCAGCGGCGGCCCCAGCGGCGCCGAGCCACGGACUUCCCCCAGUCCCGGGGCGGCACCGGUCACACUGGAGGAUGUGCAAUUGUCCGACGAGGACGGCAGCAUGGUGUAGAUAGUGUCUCGCGCCAAAUCCAAGUGCUGUGAAUGACCUAAGAGGUUAAGUUAAAUUAAAACUGUUCUUUUUUUUUCUCUUUUUUUUCCUGUGCUUUUUGUGUUUCAUGUUAAUGUGUAACUAUUUAUUUGAUAGGAUCCCUGCAUUGCUUACAAGGGAAUCUUGGAAUCCAGUCACGUCUAGUAGAUGAUAAGUUCUGGGGUUCGUGAUUACUAAUGUAAUACUAGUUUAUUUCUGCGCAUAUCCUGAACUGGCCCACCAACCACCAGUUAUAAUGAAACAAAAUUAGUGUAAGGAUGUGGUUUGAAACCAAACUAUUUAUGCAUAUGCAUCUAUGAACUAGUAACUUCUGUGAAGUUUUAUUUUAUUUUAUGCACCUGUUUGCAUGGAGUUUUGGUGGAGUUCCUCUUACAAAGAUUCCAAUUUUUCAGUCAGAUUACUUGUGGGCUGCCUGUGAGCCCGCACAUGUGAAGAAAGAUUUCCCAAUAUUUAUGUUUGUUUUAUUUAUUUGAUAUUUUUGCAGGCUGUUUAGUUUGACCCAAAUUUAAAAAUAUUUUACCUUUCGAUUUUUAUUUUAUAAACCUGCUUUUCAAAUUCCAAUGCUUGUAAAAUACAAAUCAAAUAGUGGUGGACCUGGGAACAUUGUGUUAAAAGCGCAGUGGCCCUAACGCUCUGUGAUAUCUUGUGAAAAUUUGCAUUAUGACAAUGACUUCUAAAUGUAAGUAAAUUGAUGAAUCAGCAUUUACAAAUCCACCUUUGCAAUGGGUGCGGUAAGUAUAAAUUUGCUGUUCUUUAAAACUUUUCCUGUUGCAGCCAUGAGAUGUUUUUGUUUUAAAGUUUGAUUUAUGAAAGACUGUUGAGACAUUUAGAAACUGUUGAGAGCGUUAGAAAGUAGGUAGUAUAUUUCUUUUUAGAAAAGAGAAAAUGUGAUCUCUUUUGUUCCAUUACAUAGUUACUGGUGCUUACAGAUAGAAAUUUCUAAUUUUCUUUGGAAAUAACAGUAGUGACCACUCAGAAAAUGAAAUAGAUUUGCAGGUCUCCUUUACUCAUGCACAGUACACAACGAUUAAAGGUCUGUGAUUUGUAAUUUUUCUCAAAGUUUUAAUUGACCAUGGAGGAGAUUGACCCUCUGUCAGUUAUCUUGUAAGUGUGUCAUAUUACAUUACAUCCUAUUAUGAUUACCAUAAUUACCAUAAGGGUAUGAAGACUGCCAAUAUUAGUUGCUGUAUUUUAGGUUCAACUGUACUUGCAGCCAGACUUCUCAGUUAUAUGAUAAAUCUGGCUGUAAAUUUUAAUUAAUGACCUAAGACUUCUUGUUGUUGUACUGCCAAGCCAAUUACAUUUAAUGAGUUUCAGAUUUUCUAUUUUAAACUUUUUGUUUAAAUUUAGCUUUGUACAAUAUAUUGUUAACAAUAACAAUUCCAAAAAUGUUACAGUGCUUUAUGGUUUCAAUUUUAAGAGGGAAUUUCAGCACAAGAUGUUAGCUUUUCUGUUAGAAACAAAUUGGUAGCUAUGUAUGCAUCUUUUGUGUAAUGUUUUUUAGAGUACAAUGAUUUUCUUGUACCAGUCAGGAUGGUGUUGUGCAAUAGGGUCUAUGUCUGAGACAGCAUUCUGUUGAGUUUUGUUGAAUUUGACUUGUUCAAUCGGCCCGGUGCUUGUGUCUUCUGUGUUUAUCAAACUAGUCUGUUCUUUUGUGAACUAAAGUCACACGUUCACACAUAAAAAAAUAAUAACUAUAUCAAAAAUUACAAAA